UGCACGAGGCUUCACUUCGGGACUCUGGCCUCCCCAACAGGCUCCCAGUGUUCGGCUGGGGCGGGGCCCGCGGUGGCCGGCAGCUUCCCUGCCUUCUGCCUCCCUUGAGCCUUACCAGAUUGGUGCUUCUGGUGGGACGCCUCCCAAGGAGCAUCACUCACAGGCAUCCGGGGCACACUUCCCAUAACUCCCAGAGAGCAAGUUUCUAGAAAGUUCCAGCAGUGGGGAGGCGCCACAACUUCUCUGCCAUUUUGGGAAGUGCAGCCGCAGCUCCUCUGGCAAGGUCAAGACUUCACGACUACGACACAAUCACGGAUUAAAGAAGAGAAGGUUGCUGCAAAACCUCAAAAUGCAUUUAAACAUCCCAGGGAAUGUGAGAGUUCUUCAUCCCAGAAAAGGCAGAAGAUGGCCCUGUUGGUAAGGAAACGAGGAAUAGGAGAUGGCCUUAUUGGAGGCUCUGCCACGUCUAAAGAAAAGAAGCUUAAGGUAGGAGUUGGUAUUCCAGCCAGCCAACUGGAUUCUCGGAUUGAUGACUUCACUGGCUUCAGCAAAGGUGGGCUGAUGCAGAAACCUGGUAGAAAUGCACUUGUAGGAGUCAUCAUUACCAGCACUUUCUCUGCAGAUGACCUAAAAGUCACAGAAAUACUCCCUUUUUCAAGAAUCCAAAAAGAUAUUAAUGCUGAAACAGAAGGCAAAUUAAUGAAGGAAAUUCUACAUUACUUUGGAGAAAACGUGAAAAAAAAAGUCAAAUUGCCUGAAGGACUGCAAACACCUGUAGAAGUCAAGGGAUGCUAUUUUGAAUCCAUCAUCAAGGAAGCAGUCAGGUAUAUGAGCGGACACUUAAUUCCGCACCUUGAGAAGAAACUGGAAGAAAUGACAUGUGGCUACUUGUCCAAGAAGGAACAUCAGACCCUAAAUGCAUAAUCUCUUUAAUGAUUGAGGAGGAAAGAGGAUCAAAUUGCUGUUUUCUACAAUCGAGCAGGAUAUGGCUGAGGCCUCCUAGCAUGUGUUAGUGAAUAAAAUGGCCUCCCAGAGGCUAAGAAAUUUCUGUCAGUAAAAGUUGGUCUUUUUCCCUAAGCAUUUCAUUUGAAAGGAUAACUUGUUUGUUCGUUGGUUGAUUUUCCCACCUGUGCUGGCAGAUAUUAUUAACCCAUUAAGUAAAUACUAUUACAGUCGUGGUUUCUGUAGCAGCCCACAUUGUGGUAGCUGGUAUUUAUAACUGCCUUCUUUCACUCCCCAUUUUUCAUUUCCUUUGCCUUGAGAUAGCAUGUCAGCUGGUCAUGGUGCCUGGCCUGGCAGGGUGACUCAAACCUUCAUUAUGAAGAGUCUGAACCAUUAGAUGUCCUGCCUGGAUGGGGUUGCUGUAAUUUUCCAUUAACUCUAAUCACAAAACACAGGAGAAUUAAGAAGCUGUCUAGACAUAUAAGACAUGCUCUUUCUUAGCCCCUAGUAUAUUAGGAACCCCAUCUCCCUUUGAUUGUCAGUUUCCAUCACUCCAGCCAGUAGUGGACCUCCUCCUUUGUCUUUUGGUUGAGAGGAAUGAACAGUCCAAAGUGGUCAGCUUGCAGACACGACUUUUAUUUGUUGUUGUUGUUGUUUUCUUUUGAUUUUGAGAUGGAAUAUCACUCUAUCACCCAGGCUGGAGUUCAGGAGUUCAGUGGCGCCAUCCCAGCUCGUGGCAGCCUCUGCCUCCCAGUUUCAAGUGUUUUCUCACCCUCAGCCUCCCAAGUAGCUGGGACUACAGGCCUGCACCACUGCGUCUGGCUAAUUUUUGUAUUUUUAUUAGAGACGGGGUUUCAUCAUGUUCGGCAGGCUGGUCUCCAACUCCUGACCUCAGGUGAUCUGCCCACCUUGUUCUCCCAAAGUGCUGGGUUUACAGGUGUGAGCCACUGCUCCUGGCCAGACACAGCUGUCAUUUCAAUGGAAUCACUUUUGGUUCCCAUGUUGAAAUAAUGUCUCAGUGUGUAAAAUGUCCUCUAGUCCAGCAGAGCCAAAAGUUUUCUUCUUUACAGCAAAUUUUGCUUCUUGAGCAUAAGAGGCAACAUUUUGCUACUAGAUACCCAGGAUUAAUAGUGAGAAGAGGCCUGCAUAUUGCCUCCUUCAUUCUUGAAGUCAUAGAUGUGGCUAUGGGAGAAAGAGUUCCAUAUCUUUGAUGCUGGGAUUCAGCUUUGUCACUUUCUAGAUUGUCAGCCAAGCCACACAAGGCCCUGUCACAAAGCUGCAACUACAACUCAGGCUUUGAAAGAUCCUCCAAUGUUCUAUUGAGCCAGCCACUUUAGGAUGGUAAAGAACAUCAGGAGACGAGUGAAAUCCGUGAGCAUGAUCCCAUUGCCGUAUUCAUUUCCUGUAAAGUGGGUUUCAUGUUUAAAACUGGUAAAGUGUGGGAUACCACGAUGGUGGGUACAGCCUUUCCUAUUACCACAGUGUUGGUUUUCUUGAAGUACCAUGGAUAGGAAUGAAAAUCCAUAUCCAGAAGAGUGUCUAUUUGAGCAACAUCAAAGUGAUGCUCUUUCAAUUGUGGAAGCAGACCCAAGUAAUCACAGUGCCACCUGGAAGCUGACUGACCAGUCUGGGACAUGGUGCCAUAUUGGGGAAUCAGCGUUGGUCUCGGCAGCUAGCAGGUUGAAUAGUCAGCAGUUACUGUAGUAACAUGGACCUGGUAAAUGAAAGUUCAUGUUGCCAAGCCCAUGAACAACCUCUAUCUCAGCCACCAUAGUCAUGAUGCACCAUGACUGCUUAGAAGAUAGAGGGGUGCACCUAAGGAGGUAUGGAAGUGGCUCAGGUAGCUUACUGUGGCCUCAGCAAAGACCGCAAGUGUAUGGUUACCUCAGUUCUAUAACUUUAAGAAGUUAGACCUGCCAGUAACCCAAAUAAGCUUGUUUGUCUCUGAGUCUUCAGUCAGCAGCCUGGUUGAUACUUUGAUUUUGUGAGAUGCUAAGCAGAGAAACAAAUCGAGGACGCCUGGAUUUCUGAUCUAUGGAACUGCUUAUAUAUUUGUGUUAUUGUAAGCUGCUAAAUUGGGGAUAACUUGUUUUGUUUUUGUUUUUUUUUCUAGUCAACUGGUCACGGGGAACCCCACGUGAGACCACGUUGCGGGAUUAGGGAAGCUUCUCUUUUUCUGGGCCCAAUCCAUGCUAGCAGGGUUUCAGUCACUUGUCAGUGGGUCACGGUACUGCACAACAUUGAGGUAUGCGCUAAAAGAAGCAUCUAUUAUGCAACUCGUUUCUUUGCUCAUUUAGUGGUAUGAAAGUCAAGAUGUAGGAACUUGCUGUUGACCUUAUAAGCACCAUCUUGACAUGUGGGCCUACUAGAUCAUUAAACAUUUCACUCAGUUAGAAGGCCCCUGGUUUUUUUUUUUUUUUUUGAAAGAAGGAGAGAAGGAAAGAAAGAAAAAAUAGGAAUGAAGGAGAGGAAGACAGAGAGGAAGAAAAAAAAGGGAGGCAACAGGAAUGUCGUUUUAUUCUAAAAAUGGGUAUUGAUAACCUCUUUUAUGCCAAUAAUUGUGCUUAAUAAUGGCUGAUCAGUAUUUUCUUUAAACCUAUGAGUAGGUGUGAUGUGAUACGGAUAAGAAUUGUAUAUUUUGUGUAUUUAAAGUGGAGAGUUCUAUAAAUGUUUAUGAAGUUUACUUGUUCCGGAUCUGUGUUCAAGUCUUGGAUAUCCUUAUUAAUUUUCUGUCUUAUUGAUCUAUCUAAUAUUGAUGUUGAAGUCUCCUACUUUUAUUGUGUGGGAGUCUAGGGAGUCUAAGUCUCUUUAUAGGUCUUAUGUGUCUGGGUGUUCCUGUAUUGGGUACGUAUAUAGUUAGGAUCGUUAGCUCUUCUUGUUACAUUGAUCCUUUUACCAUUAUAUCUUUGUUGCUUUAAAAUCUAUUUUAUCAAAGGCGAGAAUUGCAACUCCUGCUUUUUAUUAUUCAUUUAUUUUUGCUCUUCAUUUGGUUGGUAAAUCUUUCUCCAUCCCUUUGUUUUGAAUCUUUGUGUAUCCUUGCAUGUGAAAUGGGUCUGGAUGCAGCAUACCGUUGGGUUUUGGCUGUAUCUUUUGAUUGGGGGAUUUAGUCGAUUUAAAUUUAGGAUUACUGCCAUUUGAUGUUAGCUGGCUGUUUUGUCCAUUUGUUGAUGUAAAUUCUUCAUUAUGUUGAUGCUCUUUACUUUUUGGUAUAUUUUUGGAAAGGCUAAUACUGGUUGUUCCUUUCUAUGUGUAAUGCUUCUUUCAGAAGCUCUUGUAAAGCAGGCCUGGUGGUAAUAAAAUCUGAGUACUUGCUUGUUCAUAAAAAAAUUUAUUUUUCCUUCAGUUGUGAAGCUUAGUUUGGCUGGAUAUGAAAUUCUGGGCUGAAAGUUCUUUCCUUUAAGGAUGUUGAAUAUUGGCCCCCACUCUCUUCUGGCUUGUAGUGUUUCUGCUGAGAGAUCUGCUGUAAGUCUGCUAGGCUUUCAUUUGUGGGUAACCUGACCUUUCUCUAUGGCUGCCCUUAGUAUUUUCUCCUUCAUUUCAACCCUGGUGAAUCUAACGAUUAUGUGCCUUGGGGUUGCUCUUCUUGAGGAAUAUAUUUGUGGUGUUCUCUGUAUUACCUGGAGUUGAAUAUUGCCCUGCCUUCCUAGGUUGGGAAAGUUUUCCUGAAUAAUAUUCUGAAGAGUAUUUUCCAGCUUGGAUUCAUUCUCUUUGUCAGAUUCAGGUACACCUAUCAAAUGUAGAUAAGGUCUUUUCACAUAGUCCCAUAUUUCUUGAAGACUUUGCUCAUUCCUUUUUAUCCUUUUUUUCUCUAUUCUUGUCUUCUCGUUUUAUUUCAUUAAGUUCGUCUUCAACCUCUGAUAUCCUUUCUUCUGCUUGGUCAAUUUGGCUAUUAAAACUUGUGCAUAUUUUGUGAAGUUCUCUUGUUGUGUUUUUCAACUCUGUUAAUUCAUUUAUAGUCCUCUCUAUAUUGUCUAUUCUUGUUAGCAUUUUUUCAUAAUCUGUUUUCAAAGUUCUUAGUUUCUUUACAUUGGGUAUGAACAAGUUCUUUUAACUCCCAGAAGUUUCUUAUCAUCUACCUUCUGAAGCCUACUUCUGUUAAUGGAACACAGUCUUUCUCCCUCAGGUCUUGUUCCAUUGCUGAUGAGGAACUGUAAUCCCCUGUAGAGGGAGAGGCAUUCUGAUUUUGGGUAUUCUCAGCCUUUUUAGGCUGGUUUCUUCCCUUCGUUAUAAAUUUAUCCAUCUGUCAUCUUUGCAAUUACCGCCUUUCUAAUUAGGUUUCUGAGUGGACGUCCAAUUUAUUGAUUCCCAGCGCCGGAAUCUGAGCAACCCACUGCACCAGCCAAAACAGCGGCGUUAAGACUGAUGGUGCUCUUCUGCCCGGGAAACUCCGGUCUGGCUUCCUUCUUGAGGUCGUAAUAGGCGACUCUGCCUUCCUGGAGCUCCAAAUGUCGGUCAGAAGGGGAACCAGUCCCGUUUACUCUGCACCAAGAGCCGCCGCGCCGGCCGCAAGAGUCGCACUGGUGACCCGUGGGGGUCCUCUGCUGGGAGUCUUCUGGUCCGUGAGUGACAAAAAUUCAUCUGAAAGUGUGGCGUCCUCUCGUUCUCUGCACUUUCACUAGGAGCUACAAUCCCAAGCUGUUAGUGAUCAGCCAUCUUGGAUCUCUCUCAGAAGGCCCCUGAUUUUGUGUGGGAAUUAUUUCACACAUAAUGUCUUUCAAGUGUGUUGCUAAUGUGUCUGGAUUAGUUGGUACCUCCUGUUCAGUCAGCAUAAUGUCAUCAGUUCAAAGAAUGGUGUCACAUCUGGUGUAAGGGAAUGGUGGCCAAGGUCCCUAAGGACUCGUUUAGGAUGUAAGCCUAGAGAGUUGAUACAAGCUUGAAAUAGGAGGUCAUAGUACAUUGCUGUCCUUCCUAGCUGAACUCAAACUCUUGUUUGUAACAAUUACUGAAAGAAAAUAAAACAUUCACCUGUCCAAUAUUAUAUAUCAGGUUCCCAUGGAUGUUACAGUUGCUGAAGCGACACAACCACCUAUAGUGUAGCAACUGCCAUUGGAACAACAAUUUGAUUAAGUUUAUGGUGCAAUCUCGGCUCACUGCAACCUCCACCUUCUGGGUUCAAGCAAUUCUCCUGCCUCAGCCUCCUGUGUAGCUGCUAUAGGCACACACUAUCACACCUGGCUAAUUAUUUGUAUUUCUUUUGUUUUUUUUUAAUUUUUGAGAUAGAGUCUCACUCUGUUGCCCAGGCUAGAGUGCAGUGGUGGGAUCUUGGCUCACCACAAGCUCCGCCUCCUGGGUUCAAGUGCUUCUCCUGCUUCAGCCUCUCUAGUAGCUGGGACUGCAGGUGUAUACCACAUGCCUGGCUAAUUUUGGUAUUUUUAGUAGAGAAGGGUUUUCACUAUGUUGGCCAGGCUGGUCUCGAACUCCUGACCUCGUGAUCUGCCCACCUCAGCCUCCCAAAGUGCUGGGAUUACAGGUGUGAGCCACAGCACCUGGCCUGUUUGUAUUUCUUAGUAGUGACAGGGUUUCACCAUGUUGCCCAGGCUGGUCUCCAACUUCUGACCUCAAGUGAUCCACCCACCUCAGCUUCCCAAAGUGCUAUGGCUGCAGGUGCAUGUCACCAUGCCGCGCCCUGGCUAAUUUUUGUAGUUUUGUUAGAGACAGGGUUUUGCCAUGUUGGCCAGCCUUGUCUGGAACUCCUGACCUCAAGUGAUCCGCCCACUUCUGCCUCCCAAAUCCUGGGAUUACAGGCGUGAGCCAAUGUGUCUGGCAAAAAAUGAGAUACUGCAUGUUCUCAUUCAUAUGUGGGAACUAAACAGUAGGUAGGCAUGAACAUAAAGCUAGAAACCAUUGACUCUGAGGGCUCCAAAAGGAAGGAGGA